UUUGCCCCAACCGGUGCGGUGGAGGGAAGCGCGCAUGCCGAAACCUUCAGCUAGGCUCGACGCCGCGACGCAGGCUGGCAUCGUCACCCAGGACCAAUCAGCACUCUCCCCCAACGCAUCAACAGAAUCCCGGAGUGGUGAGCGCACAGCCGCAGAAAAAGAAGGAACCAGAGAAGAGCGCGCCUUCGGAAGGAGCCCUCUUCGAGACAUGUCCACAAAGGCGCGGCGCAGUGCCGUGCUUUGGAUUUCGCUGGCUCUGCUGACGUGUGGAGUGCACCCUGAGCCAUCGGAGGCGGCCAGCCUGGCGGACCGCAUCUUCGACGGUUUCCUAAGCUUCGGCCGCGGCUUCUCCAACGCCACUCAGGGGUUCGUGGUGCGCGUGCGAGGCCUGGUGACCCGAAUCGGCGGCCCGUCCUCAACGUCCGGCAGCAACAAGGGUGCCUCCGUCACGGACAUCUUUGCCAGCGUGUGCAGUCUCAGUGGUAGCAGUCGCCGUUCCCUGAUAAAGUGUUUAGAUGAAAACAACGAAAAUCUGCUGAAACCAGACUGGCAGAAUUGUAUUGGUUCCGCAAAAGUUGAAGUUCUGACUGUGGAAGAUCUCUACCACUGGGCUUGUUCGAGGCUCUCUUCAGAAACAGAGCUGCAAGAGUUCCGAAAUACAUCCCAGUGCCUGCUGGAAGGAAUGCAGAUAUCCGACAUAGCAGCAGGCAUCAGAGAAUGCAAAGGAAGCUCCAGGACAUUCUGACGAGCCACUCACUGCUCGAUGGUGUUUGUUGCGUGCACCACUGUGGCGUAACAUUUGGUCUGCUUGUUGAUAUUUUUUUGCGAAAUAAAACUUAUGUUUCAUAACAGCAAGGCUUGGCACAGCUUGUACCCUUCCGUGGGGCACCGAACUAGUUCUUGGAGCAUUUGUGAAGUGAAAUGCGUGCCUGCUCUGCUAUGACAUAAACUUCUGUCGAGGGUGCGCAAAA